AUGACAUCAAGGAGUAGCACGAAACUGGCCAAGCUUACCAUCGACGAGGAGGGUGUAGCAAGUGUUGGCAGCGACCACAACGGGAUCCUGGCUGUGUUCGGAGGACCAAGACACAAAGAAAUGAUACCCAACUUUCCAAUGAAAAGGACCCUAAGGGAAGAUGAAAUUGAAGUGAUUGCCAGAAAGCCAGAAAAGGUGACAGACAAAUCCAUGGGCUAUGAGACCACUGUGAACUGCAAUAACUUAAAAACAAGGAAGAUGAUGAUUGGAAAGAGCAUGUCAACAAGGAAGGUCCUAAAAUGUUGGUGGCACCAUGAAAUUAAGCGAGCCAUUGAAGUUCGCCAGGAGGCCUGCAGAUGCCACCAGGGAGAGAGGGAAACGAAACUGAAAAACAAGCUCUGGAAGAAAUACAAAGAAACCAAGGAAAAGUGCAAACAAGUGUUCCAAAUGAGUAGAAGAGCAGUGAGAAAGCGCAACCUGCGCACCCGGGCCGUGCUGGACUGCGAGACCAAGUCCUACUACUGGCUGACCGUGGUGGCCCAGGACCGCGGCGCCGUGUCCCUCUCGUCCCGGCUAGACCUCUUUGUGCGCGUGGACGACGUGAACGACAACGUGCCGCUGAGCGUCGAGCCGGCCUACCAGCCGGCCGUGCCUGAGAACGCGGCCCCGGGCACGUCCGUGGUCCAGCUGCGUGCCUUCGACCUCGACCACGGCGGAGGCGACGCCGAGCUCGCCUUCCAACUCACGGCGGGGGACAGCCAGGGACACUUCGCCAUCGACGCCCGCACAGGCAUUAUCACCACGACUGGAAGGGCCCUGGACAGAGAACUUCAAGACAAGCAUGUUCUCGAGGUGACGGUGUCAGACGGCGGCAGCCCCCCACUGUCGUCGACCACUCAGGUGAUCGUGACGGUGACCGACGUCAACGACAACCGGCCGUGGUUCCUAGAGUCAUCCCACCGCUUCAAGGUGCUCGAGAUGGAGGACAAGCUGGAGCCUGUUCAGCUAUGCCAGGUGCUGGCCACCGACCUGGACGAGGGCGUCAACAGGGAGCUGAGGUACAGUAUCGUAGAAGGGGACGGCCAGAUGUUCCACAUGGAUCCUGCCACGGGCGCCAUCUACACCCGGUCCGCCCUCGUCAACGGGGUCAGCCACGAGCUGCUGGUGAAGGUGUCCGACCAGGGGGAGCCCCCGCUGUAUGCCACCUCCAAGGUGCUGCUGAACGUGGUGUCUCGGCCGGAGAACUCGCUGCACCCUCCCCAGAUCCAGGAGGUGGAGGUGUUUCCCACAAUCGAGAGCGACAAAGUGGGCCACGUGGUGGCCACGGUCAGGGCCGGCGACUCGGACGGGGACCUUGUCUGGUACAACAUUGUUGACGGUAAUCAAGAGGGGAAGUUCAUGAUUGACAAGAUAGGAGUCAUCAAGCUGGCCAGCCCCCUGGACUGGGAGACUACCCAGAACUACAACCUCUCAGUGGAGGUCACCGACGGCGUGGACAAGGUCACCACGCAGGUGCUGGUGAGCAUUGUGGACGCCAACGAUCAGUGGCCCGAGUUCACCAAGAGCACCUUCCGGGUGGAGAUCUCGGAGAACAUCCCGCCGGGCACGGAUGUCCUGCAGCUGAGCACCACCGACUCAGACGGGGGCCGCCGCCUCUUCUACUCCCUCUACAACAGUGCCAGCCCCGAGAGCGUGAAGAAGUUCCAGGUGGACUCGUUGACGGGCGUGCUGUCCACGCGGGAGGCGCUGGACCACGAAGAGGCUCGCCGCCACCUGCUCACCGUCGUGGUGUGGGACACAGGCACGCCGGUCAACAUGCGCAACUUUGCGCGCGUCGUCGUCGAGGUGUCGGACCACAAUGACCACCCACCCGAGUUCCUGUCGGCCAUCAGCGAGGUGCGCGUCUUCGAGACGGCCGCCCUGGGCACUGGCGUGCUCCAGGUGCGGUGUCUCGACCGCGACCGGGGACGCAACGCUCAGAUCACCUUCUCCAUCGCGUCGGGCAACGUGGGUGGCAGCUUCUCCAUCCAUCCUCAGCUGGGCGCCAUCACGGUGGCCAAAGAGCUCUCCCAGCAGGCCCUUCCGGAAUAUUUCCUCUCCGUCCGCGCCACGGACCACGGCGAGCCGCCCCUCAACUCGACCACCACCGUCCACGUCGUGGUGACUGUUGCCAGCAACGCCCCGCCACGCUUCGCACCGUCCAGGCGCGGCGUCGAGCUGUUCGAGAACGAGCCUUCUGGCACGUUUGUGGCCACUCUGACCAUGGUCAGCCAGACAUCGCUCUACUUCGAGAUCGCCGACGGCAACGACGGCGACAGUUUCCGCGUCGACCCCACGUCCGGCGUCGUCUUCACCAACAGGGUCCUCGACUACGAGGGCUGCCGGUUCUACAACCUGACGGUGGUGGCCACCAACAUGGUAGGCGCCAACGCCUCGGCGCACGUGGCGGUGCACGUGCUCGACAGGAACGACAAUGCGCCGCGCUUCCUGCGGGACCGUUACCGGGGCCUGGUCAGCGAGGCCGCUGAGGCCGGCAGCGUAGUAUUGGCGGCACAGGGUGACGCCCCGCUGGUGGUGACCGCCGAGGAUGCCGACUCGGAGGCCAACGCCCUGCUCGUCUUCGAGAUUGUCGAGAAGUGGGCCCGCAAAUUCUUCCACGUCGACACGAGCACGGGUGCACUCAGCAUUGUGCACAAGCUCGACCGUGAGGCCAGGGCCCAGUACAGCUUCCAGGUGCAGGUGUGGGACUCGGGCAAGCCCCGGCUGUGUGCCCGGCGCCCGGCGACCAUCUUGGUGAACGUGACAGAUGUCAACGACAGCCCACCCGUGUUUGAGCACCAGUACUACAACGCCAGCCUGCUGCUGCCCACCUACCAAGGCGUCCGGGUGGCCAGGGUUCGGGCUUCGGACCCGGACCUGGAGUCCCCGUUCGGGGUCCGCUACACCCUGGUGGCGGGGGACCACGAGGGACAUUUCGAGGUCCUCCAGGACACUGGGGAAGUGCUGGUGCGCAACCCAGAAGGCCUCCAGGACCUGUACCGCCUGGUCGUGUCGGCCAACGACGGCCAGUCGGAGACGGCCACCUUCGUCAUCGUCACGGUGGCCCACUCGGGCAACGGCAACGUCCGGUUCGCCCGGGACUCCUACGAGGCCUUCAUCUCUGAGAAUGCGACGGAGGCGCGCGUCGUCACCGUCGUCAGCGUGCUGGGCACAUCGCUUAACGAGCAUGUCUCCUUCCGCAUCCUCAACCCGAGCGACAUGUUCGAGAUCGGCCCGACGUCGGGCGUGGUCCGCACCGUCGGAAGGCCGUUUGACCGGGAGCUGGUCAGUGCGUAUCGGCUGGUGGUGGAGGCGCGGAGCGAGGCCGGCGGACCCCAUAAUGCGGCCCACGCGGUGCUGGACGUGGGAGUCCUGGACGUGAACGACAAUGCCCCCAUCUUCGUCAACCUGCCGUACUACUCCGUGGUUCCGGUGGAGGCCAAGGCGGGAGACCUCGUGCGCAAGGUCGAAGCCAACGACCUCGACCUGGGAGAGAACGGGCGGGUGCGCUACCAGCUUCGAGAGGGCAACUCCGAGCUGUUCCACGUCAACGCGGUGUCAGGGGAGAUCACCCUCAGGCAGCCUCUCGGGACCCACAACACCGAGUACACCCUCGUCGUGGCUGCCGUGGACAAUGGCAUCCCCUCGCUGGAGACGGAGGCCGUGGUGCCCAUCAAAGUGGUGAACCGGGCGAUGCCGGUGUUCCCGCGCCAGUUCUACUCUGUCUCUGUGCCGGAGAACCUGCCCCCGGAUGUGCCCGUCAUCACCGUGCAGGCCGACAGCCCCAAGGGACGCCAGCUCAUCUACAGCAUCGUGUCCGGCAACACCAACGAGGAAUUUGCCGUUGACUUCAACGCAGACCCGGCCCAUAGUAAUGGUCCAUGUGUCGUGUACGUCGUAGAGCAGCUGGACUACGAGACCCACCAGAAGUACCAGCUUACCCUUCGGGCCACGGACUCUGUGACCGGAGCCUUCUCCGACGUCCUCGUGGGCAUCACGGUCGAGGACAUCAACGAUUUCCCGCCCAUGUUCAGUCAGCCCUCAUACAACACCAGUGUUUCAGAGGCGACUCCGUACACGACGUCCAUCCUCAAGGUGCACGCCAGCGACAGGGACACGGGUGCCAAUGCGCGUGUCCAGUACAGCCUGGAGGCUUCUGCCCUGUCCACGUUCCACAUCGACCCGGUGGAGGGGGUCAUCGACCUGCGCGUUCCGCUGGACCACGAGGCGCAGCCUUUGUACCACCUGGUGGUGACGGCCACGGACGCGGGCUCCCCCUCGGCGCUCAGCUCGACCGCCCACGUGUGGGUGACGGUGCUGGACAUGAACGACAACCCACCAGCCUUCCCACAGCUGUCCUACAGCUGCGCAGUGAGCGAGCUGGCCCCCAGGGGGCAGUUCGUGAUGAGGGUGGCGGCCUCGGACCCGGACUCUUCGGACCGGGACCGCCUGGCCUACUCCAUCGUGGGUGGCAACGAGGCGCAGGCCUUCGCCAUUGACCGCAAGACCGGCAUCGUGACACUGUCCAACCUGCACCAGUUCCCGCAGCAGCCAACGUACCUGCUAAACGUGUCUGUGACGGACGGCGUCUACCUGAGCCACGCCAAGGUGAAGGUGGUGGUGCUACCCUCCAACCGCCAUUCGCCGGCCUUUACGCACACCGUGUACGAGGCCGCCCUGCCUGAGAACCGGGAUGCCGGCUUCCCCGUGGCCACAGUCACUGCCACCGACAAGGACCGUGGCCAUUUCGGGCACGUCACCUACGCCAUCCGCAGCGACGACUGCGCCGCACACUUCAGGAUAGACAACGCCACGGGUGAGAUCUUCACGACCAAGCCCCUGGACCGGGAAACCAGGCACCUGUACCUGAUCCCAGUGUCUGCAACAGACGGGGGUGGCCGCCUCGCCUUCACCAUGGUCCGGGUGACCGUGACAGACGUCAACGACAAUGAGCCUCAGUUCGCUGUCUCCGAGUACCGGGUGAACAUCCAGGUCAACACCACCGUGGGCACCACCAUACUCAAGGUGCGUGCCUUUGACAAGGACAAGGGAAUGGCUGCCACACCCCAAUACAGCAUCCACGACAGUGGGUCUCUGUCCAACAUCACUUCCUUGUUCAACGUGACCCACGACUCCGGAGAGGUCUAUCUCAGAGCUCCACUCGAGGGGAAAGAAAACAACGCCUACCAGUUCUUUGUGCGUGUGCGCGACCACGGCACGCCCAAGCCCCUGGAAAACGUCGUCCCGGUCACCGUGGUCGUGAUGCACCCCGGGGAGCUGGGACCCCGCGUCGACCUCGCCACGUCGCACUACUUCCUGCGGGAGAGCGACCCCGUGGGCACAGUCGUGCUCACGCUGAAUGCCUCCCAGCCGCACGAGCACCAUGGCGACCCCUCCAGCCAUCAGCUGACGUACACCUUCGUGCCUGCCCCGGCGGGCUCAGACCACGAGCUCGAUGCCUCGACCUUCAGCCUCGACGAGCGGGGCCGCAUGAUCCUUGUGGGGGAGCUGGACCGCGAGCGCCAGGCGGAGUACUACCUCGCGAUCCGCGCAGAGACGGAGCUCUCUCUCGUUGCGACGGUGGACGUAACCGUGCUGGUGAACGACGAGAAUGACAACGCACCCAUGUUCGACUCGGCGUCCUAUCGCGCCUCCGUCGCGGAGAACGCGGAGGAGGGCUGCGCGGUGGCCAAGCUGACGGCGCAUGAUGCCGACAGGCUGCAGAAGAUCACGUACGAGUUCUAUGAGGGCAACGACCCGGCCGCUGACAUCUUCCGCGUCGACGCGAUCACCGGGACCGUGACGACGCUGGUGGCGCUCGACCGCGAAGCGGUGCCGUCCUACAACUUCACGGUGUCCGCGCGCGACGACGGGCUGCCGCCGCGCUCCGCGACGACGUGGGUGUUCGUCGAGGUCGUGGACGUCAACGACAACGCGCCGGCGUUUGCGCGACCGCGCUAUGACGCCGCUAUCCUGGAGGACGCGGUGCCGGGCACCGUGAUCGUGACACUGGAGACGAGUGACCCCGACGGGGUCGGGGCCGGGCUGGACCUGUACGUGGUGAGCGGGGACCCAGAAGAGCGCUUCGGGGUUCGCAGCACGGGCGAGGUGUUCGUGGGGCGGCCGCUGGACCGGGAGGCAACGGCCUCCUACUUCCUGGAGGUGGUGGCCACUGACGGUGUGUUCGUGGCCACCACCCAGUUGGCCAUCGACGUGCUGGACGCCAACGACAACCCGCCUGUGUGCCUCAAGUCCAAGUACACGGAGCUUGUGUCGGAGAGCAUUGCGGUGAACACAUACAUCCUGACGGUGGAAGCGACGGAUGCAGACGAGAACAGGAAUGCUCAACUGCGCUACUACCUCUCUGGCAAGGGCUCGGACGACUUCUUCAUCAACUCAACCACAGGAGUGCUUCGGACAAGCCGCCUGCUAGACCGGGAGCGGCAGCCGCGCUUCCGCCUCACUGCCCACGUGCAGGACUGGGGCCAGUGGGACUGGGAGUGCACCAGCGCGGUGGAGAUCCUGCUGAGCGACGUGAACGACAACGCCCCCGCCUUCGGCCAGGACGCCUACACUGCCACCGUGGCCGAGGACGUCGACGUGGGCACUCUGGUCGCCAAGGUCCACGCCACGGACAGGGACCUCGGCUUCAACCGCAGAGUCAGCUACUCGUUUGUGGAUUCGGCUAGGGGCCACUUCAGCAUUGACGAGACGUCCGGCAUCGUGAUGCUGAACCGGCCGCUGGACCGCGAGGAGCGCGCCACCUUCAACCUGACGGUGCAGGCAAGCGACCAUGGGACACCACAGCUCUCCAGCCUGGCAACCCUGCUCGUCGUGGUGCAAGACGUCAACGACAACCCGCCCGAGUUCUCGCGCAAGUUCUACCACGCCGUCGUCUCGGAGGCUUCCGCCGUGGGCGUCGAGGUGCUCAAGGUGCUGGCGACCAGCCGGGACAGCGGGCUGAAUGCGGAGGUGACCUACUUCUUCAGCGCUGGCAACGAGCUGGGCCACUUCAGCAUCGACGCAAAGACAGGUUCCGUCAAGGUGGCCAAGCCCCUGGACUAUGAGGACGUGCGGGACUACUUCCUGACGGUGCUAGCGCGGGACGGGGGCUUGCCGGCCCUCAGCAAUCAGGCCUCUGUCAACGUCUCGGUGACCGACUACAACGACUGCCCGCCCGUGUUUGGACUGCCGGUUUACAACGCCGUGGUCCGAGAGGACGCCCGGGUCGGAGACCGCAUCAUCCAGGUGAUAGCAAGCGACGCGGACAGUGCGGCCAACGCGGCACUGCAGUACGCCAUCGUGCGGGGGGACCGUCACGGCCAGUUUGCCAUCGACAAAGAGACGGGCUACAUCAGCGUCGCCGCAUCCCUGGACCGUGAAAUGAUAUCCAACUACGUCCUCGAAGUGGAGUGCACAGAUGGAGGCACGCCACCGCUGUCUUCAAAGGUGCUCGUCAACAUCGAAGCCUCGGAUGUGAACGACAACCCGCCCCACUUUGCGCAGGCCAACUACUCAGCCAUCGUUCAGGAAGGCAAGCCAGUGGGCUUCACUGUGCUCAAGUUCACCGUUAGCGACCCCGACUCGUCCCCCAAUGGGGCCCCCUUCGCGCUAGAAAUCGUCUCCGGCAACGAAGACGGCGCGUUCCGCCUCGUCCAGACGGACUCGACGCUCCGCACGGCCUCCAAGCUCGACCCCAAGCUCCGAUCCGAAUACGAGCUCGUGGUCCGUGCUUCCGACUCUGGAGCGCCGCCGCUGUCCUCCGAGUGCCGCGUCUUCGUCAAGGCCAUCGAAGACAGCCAGUUCCCACCCGAGGCAUCGCCCAUGGCCGUGUCGGUGACCUCGUACCUGGACGACUUCCCCGGCGGCGUGCUGGGACGCGUCCGGGCCACGGACCGAGACCCCUACGACCAGCUGGCCUUCGAGCUGGCCUCGUCGCACCAGCACCUCUUCUCGGUGGACCGGGAGGACGGGACGCUGAUAGCGCUGCCGGGGCUGGACGUGGGCACGUACUCGGUCAACGUGAGUGUCUCGGACGGGAAGUUCACGACGUACGCCGGCGUGUCGGUGGAGGUGGUGCUGGUGAGCGAGGAGGGACUGCUGAACGCCGUCGGGCUGACGCUGGCGGACGUGACGCCUGAGGACUUCCUCCUCACCUACAAGAAGGGCUUCCUGAAGGGCCUCCGGUCGCUGCUCAACGUGCGGCUCAAGGAGAUUCAGGUGAUCAGCAUUCAGCCGUCCGCGGAAGAGGGUGGCGGGAGCCAGCCUGCACAGAGGUCCCGGCGGAGCGCGGGGCAGGACCUGGACGUGCUGUUUGCGGUCCGCAAGGGGGCCCACGGCUACUACUCCGCCAAGUUCCUCAAGACCCGCUUGAAGGAGAACCUGCCACUCGUGGAGGCUGCGUCCGGACUGCGGAUUGUCCAGGUGGCGGAGGACCGGUGCACGUCAACUCAGUGCGUGCACGGGGAGUGCCUGGACCACAUGGCGCUGGACCGGACGUUUGCAGUGAGCGUAACCACGGACCAGUUCAGCUUCGUGUCGCCCCAGCACAGCCGCCGGCUGGACUGCCAGUGCAAGCCCGGCUUUGGAGGGCCCAAAUGCGAGAUGGCGGUGAACGAGUGCUCACGCAAGCCGUGUCCCCCGGAGCGGCUGUGCGUGCCGGACUCCUCCAGCCUGGGCUACAGCUGCCAGUGCCCCGAGGGGAAGACGGGCCCCGGCUGCACCCUCGUCAUCACCUGCCAGGACCCGGACUGCUACGAAGAGAAACACCCAAUGUCGUUUGGGGGCAAGAGCUAUGCCCACUACUCCCUGGUGGCCCCUAUGGACCGGAGGCUGACCCUGGCCCUGAUGCUGCGCACGGUCCAGGCCACAGGGAACAUUGUGUAUUCGGCCGGGGCAAGGGACUACAGCAUCCUCGAGGUGGUGAGCGGCUGCGUGCAGUACCGCUUCGACUGCGGCAGCGGCGAAGGCGUGGUGCGGGUGGAGCAGGUGCGGGUGAGCGACGGCGCCUGGCACGAGGUGACCCUCGAGCGGAGGGGCAACUUCGCCCGCCUUUCCGUCGACCGACGCCACGAGGCCUCGGGGGCCGCGCCCGGCGUGCACGACGUACUCAACCUGGACGGCAACGACCUCUUCCUCGGCGCGGAGGUGCGCCUCGGACACGAGGAGCCCCGCUACGACGACGUCCGCAUGGGGCUGGUCGGCUGCCUGGACGACGUGCGCGUGGACGGCGGGCCGCUGCCGCUCCAUGUGUCGGGGGGCGGGGCAGUGGCCCAGCUGCGACGCUUCGCCAACGUCCAGUUUGCCUGCAAGACUCUCUUCAACCCCGGGGCCUGUGGCAGCCAACCCUGCCUCAAUGGGGGCUCCUGCGUGCUAGGAGGGGAGCCCCCAGCACGAGAGUACGCGUGCAGCUGCCUGCCUCGCUUCGAGGGCCCCAACUGCGAGCUGGACACGAACCCGUGCGCCUCGGCCCCAUGCCUCAACGGCGGCACCUGCCGCAACGACCCCCCCGGGGGCUUCGUGUGCAGCUGCUCGGGGCGGCUGAGUGGCCGGCGGUGCGACUACGGGCGCCACUGCAGCCCCAACCCGUGCCUCAACGGGGGCGUCUGCGAGGAGGGCGCCCGGGCCCCCGUGUGUCGCUGCCGGGGCUUCCGGGGAGCUCGCUGCGAGCAAGACCUGGACGAGUGCCUGCACGUGCCCUGCGCAUCGGGGGCCACCUGCCUCAACCUGCCGGGCAGCUUCCAGUGCGUCUGCCCUAUCAACGCCACGGGUCCGUUGUGUUCAGACCGCCACCGGAGCAGCAUGGUGGGCUCGCUGUUGCCGACGCCACUUCUGGAGAUGGUGGUGGUGGCUGCGGGGCUGGUGCUCCUCUUCGUGCUGGGCACCCUGGUGGCAUGCUGCUGGAAGCGCCGCCGGAAACAGCGUCCGCCCGGUGGUCGCCACUGCACGGGCGCGUUUGGUCACCACGGGGGCCACCCUUUAGAGGCGGGCGUCGGCAGCGAGAUGACGGUGAAGAACUGCAUGCUGGGCACCAAGGACAACGUCAAGCGCAUGAGCAAGGUGAGCAACCUGGAACAGCAGCAGACGGCGCUGGCGACUCCUCCGCUGCCGCCGCGCCCGGCCUCGUACACGCCCAGCAUGCAGCAGGACACGGCGCUGAACAACUUCGACACCGUGCGGAGCUACGGGAGCGCUGCCGACGACCUCGAGUCCCGCUUCCAGCCCAACCAGCUCAGGGCCCACAAGGAGCUCAGGGCCAACCUCAGCCCCAGGACACAGGGCCCCCCGUGCAACUCCGCAUCCGAUACCGCCUCCCUGCACAAGGCAGCCUGGGAUGCGGACAAGGAACGCAUCUACCUCGACAAGAUCCCUAAUGAUCUAAAGGCUGCCAAAGCGAUGCUUCCACCCAUGUCCCAGAACAGGAACCUCUCUGCCCUGCCCGCUAAGAGUCCUCCCAGCGUUGGAGUCAGCUCUGCAACCAGCCUCGCUUCCGAAGACCUGCCAGGCUACAGCUGGGACUACUCGGACCUGACGACGGAACAGAAGCCCCUGGCCAACAUCAGCGAGGUCCCGGGCAACGAGGUGCAGGACUCGUGCAGCCUGCGCAGCGGGGACUCCAACAGCCGCAACAGCCAGAUGGACCUGCUGCCCGGACUCAAGGACGAGUCGGACUACGUGGGCGACUCGGAGAACAACGAGUCCCUGGACGGCCACGCCCCCUUUCAGGGCUACGAGCAGCUGCUGCAGAUCAGCGAGGAUGACGAAGAAGAGCCAGCCCAAGGUGCCUCCCCGCACCGUUACGAGCGCCACCCGAACCAGUACCUGCCCUCGCACUGCCUGAGCAAUGACCAGUCACCCGCAGACGACCUCUCGGAGGACGGAGUUGUGUCCUACGGCUUCCCCUCCCAGGGAGGCCGCGGGUUCCUGGUAGAGGGCGCCCCGUCCUCCUCCCACCUGUCCUGUUCCGACCUGUCCGUCAACAAUGUGUGCGACAUAGAGGACAGCGAUGAGGACGAUGACGACACGGACAACACCGUGGUGCAGAAACCGCCUCCCUCCACUACGACGACGGUGGUGUGACGGCUUACGUGUUGGACGGCUCGAGCAACGUCGAAACGACAUCGAUUUGGCACACGCCCCAUUGGUGCCGCUCAGUAUCAGCGUUGUGGGACGUUGCAACGUUGGAACGACAUGGAUUGGGCAUCGACACGCCACAUUGGUGCCACCCGGCAUCGUGGGACGUUGCAACGUACGUUGGAACGACAUGGGUCCAGUGCUUCUCGAAAUUGGUGGACGUUUCCAAUGUCGUUGCGCAACGUUAGAAAGACAUUGCUGCGGCGUCCCUCGGACAUCGCGUUGGUGGGACGCUUACACAUGGUUGUGCAACGUUGUUUUGGCAUUUUGUUGAAUUCCCCAAUACUGGGGCCAGAAAUCGGAGUUCGACGUUUCCCAGGUUUCUUGCCCCAGUCUUGGGUCAUUCGACAAAAUGGUAAAUACGCUCCAGCUUGCCCACGCUCUCACUGUAAUUUUGUUGGUUUGGCAUCGCUCUGACGUUGCUUCGGUGCCACUGAACGUUGGUGGGACGGUUCAACUUUGUUGCCAAGUGCGGUGAACUGGAGGAAUCGGAGACUUCCCGGCGCCAUCGCUGCGCCGCCGCCGUGAUCUACGGUUGUGUGAUGUGUGCCUUUCUUUAUUCAAACGACUUUUCUGAACACUUUAGGCUUAAGUUGAGUGCUGCGUCAUAAUAGGGCAAGGCUGUAGGGACAGAGUGAAGUGAUGGCAGCUUAUUGCAGAUUUAUUCUUUUUCUUUUUCUGACAUGUCAGCCGUUUUUACGCAGGUUUUAGAAAUGAUUUUACUAGUUACGUAGUGUGGAACAUAUUUCGUGCUUGGAACUUCUCUUAUUUACUUGUCACGCCGCCACAGAAGAGCAAAGUCCCGAAAGUAACUUAUUUUGGAAUUUUAGUUGACAUCUUCAAGGUGGGACAAUGUUCGUAACUUUUCCAUUUGCAUUUCUACAUUGUUCGCUCUUUUGUUUCAACGUUUUAAUCAUAUCAUCAAACUUGUCGGAUUGUGAAGACACAGGUGUCGGACACACUUGCAAAUUUCUUCCCAAAACACAAAUGAAUGGGUGGCUGGUGAGUACAGUCACCCGGUUGAACCGCAUUGUCACGGACUGCCGAUAGCCACACGGUUCACAGCAUUCGUCCCUGAAUGCAGCUACAUGCCCUGCCACCAUUUAGCGUCAGGAAUCGCUCCUCGUCACGGGGAGGAAGUGCAGAUCUUCGGACCUUUUUGUAUAACCAAGCGCGGGGCUGGCUCUCAGCGUAGACGGAACUGCUCUUUGCCGAAGAAAGUGCCAUCGUCACGGACCUUUCGUACCGUGGCGCGCGUGUAUCUUGUUUCCGGGCGCCGACCAUGAGAAGCUCAGGUAAACGACACUUAUUGGUCAAGCGCCCCCUUCUUUUUAUUGCGUGUAAAGCUUGUACCCGAAGGGCUAACCUUCAGGUGCAAUUUUACGAACUACGUUUAUCCAGUAACGAGCAAAUUUAUGUGCGGUUCCGACAAUGCGGGAACGAGUAUGGCCAAGUGGCUCGCUGGUUGGUUGGCUUUUGUAUGCGAGUCUGAAAGCAGGGCGAAAAUGGGCAGCUCGGCAUUAUAGUGAGUGCUCUCGCACUGUUUUGUUGCGGCCAUCGUAGGAGGUCGCGUUUACGUGUAGAAAUUCUUAAAUUUGCUUGCUUCCUAGCUCGAAUAUUUUUGUUUAUCGCCUUCGACGCGGCAUUCUAGUUUGCGCAGCUACCACCUACUUCACGAGGAUCAUCCGCUUUUGUGCAUGUCGUCAGUACCUGCCUUUAUUUUUUUUAUAAGUUUCGUUGACGUCAUUUGUUACAAACUAAAUUUGAAACAAUACACUCGUUUCCCUUUCCGGAAGACAGUUGUGACUGUUUGGCGUGCAGCGUUUAGCAGGAGUUUGUUGAAACGUCAGAGACUAUUUUGGUAUCCCAUGCGCAUGUACGUCGUGUACGAAUCUCCCGUGUCUGCUUCAGCGGAUGGAAGGAUUCACGCGUAGUUAACUGCUAUUUGUUUUGGCCCAGACUUCGGUCGUUUCCAAUACGAGAACGUCAUUCAUAUUAUUGUCGCACCUGCACUUUCUGAGUUGCUCAUGCGCAUUGAAUGAAGGGCUUGAAAAUUUGAAAUUAGCCAGUUUCGAAGUAGGUGACUGUAUGAAUUAGGAAAAAAGGCAUUACAGAAAAGGAAUGUGGCACCAAUACCAAAAAUGUGCAUUUCGUGUGCAGCACUACAUCAUGAUGCCAUAUUUAACAGAAUUGCAAGGUACCGACUUCACGCAUUGUUUGUCUGGCUUGGAUGGGAAAACAUGUCUGAACAUUCAUUUAAUCCAUCAAAGGAUUGUUUCCUUUAUAAAUUCAGAUCAUAGUCGUUGAAACUGAAUCAGUGUGACCAAGGGUAAGAAGGGUAUUGAUCUUAAUGCAAUGAAGUUCAGAAUGGCACUUGUCUCUGUCCAUUUGAACAGGGGCCUGAAAAAACUGUUUUCUUCCAAAGCGGUUCAUUAAAGAUAUGGUGGCAUAAUUCUCACAAAAAUUAAUUUCAAUAUUGUCACGGGUCAAAUCGUUUUUUGUAAACAUCAACUAGACACAGGAAGGGACAAAAGGUUAAGCAGAUGAAUGAAUUUGUCUACUUGGUCUUCAUCUUUAGAGGAAAGCUGAAGCACUUUCCAAGAACUCUGAGUUAGGAGCAGAUUUCUAUAUCUUUUUGUCCUAUGAAUUCAGUUAUCGCACUUAUCUUGGGCAGAUGUAAACAUAAACCGCAUUUAUUUCGAAAAAUAUGUGCAGUGGUUGCCGCCGAGCGUGCGGCAAACCCCCCUGCCGCCUGCUAUCUGUCCAUGGCGUCGUGACGUCAUUUUCGGCGUUCCCGAGCCAGCUUAGUGGCGAGCAAGGGUCCUUCUGAUUCCGCGAGGACAUCACUUUUGCUAAUUUUUAAUUGUCGCAAUUUUAGUUGGCUGUUAAGACGCUCCCAUUAAUAAGAUUGAAAAAAAAAAACAACUUAAGGCCCAUUUUUUAAGGUGUCUUCAUUACAGCUUUUACUAUUCGUUUGAAUUCAAAGAUCUCUUCAGCUUCCCUUUAAGUGCAGUUUUUAUAUCUAGCCAUGCAUUCGCAACAAGCCCAACUAACCACCAUACUACUUAGGGCCCAUUCACUCUUUCUUACUCACCAAUGAUUGUCACAGCGAUUUGUUCAAUGUCGUAACACAAGCGCAGAUCAUCAAUUGGCCGCCGUUAGCGCUGUGUCAUCACUUAGUCAGUGACAAGUUAAGAACACAGCAGAAGCGCCGCUGCCUUCUGUUGUGCUUUGGCUGUGCUUGCCCAUGAGACACCCAAGCAUUGUAUUGAAGGUAGAAAGCUUCCGCUAGAGAAAGAGCUCUGUUGCAUUCUUAACCUCUCGCCAACUAUAGACAGUCGUCCAAUCAGUGCUCCCUACUUGUCCCACAUCGGGCAGUGCAUCGGCAUUUCGUGGCAAGUCAAGAAAGCUUAAUGUUUGGGCCUUAGGUUACCUAGGUACCGUUGUUUCUCCGUCAUGUGUACAUCGCAUUUAUGUGUUUGUUAGCAACAAAAAUUUUACAUAUUUAUCAGUAAUUAAAACGUGCUACUUCCACUCGAUUUUUAAGGACUGCCUUUGUGUGAAAACAUUCUUUUCAGGCUUAAGUCGUUUUGCAACUGAAAAAUGUGUGUGAAAUCCAUGCCGGAUAUAGUAUCUUCCGAGAGAAUCAUCUACAUAUAAAAAAGGCUGCUGCUUUCUUUUUUUUGUUAAUUUUACGUGCAUUGCACAUUUUGUGUUCAUGAUUCUUGUGGUGAUUCAAACUUGCAGGGUGAUCAGUCGCUUGUAGUGACUGGCUGUGUUCCACUGAAAUGAAUGGAACUGUCAUGACAUGCUUAAAAACUGACCUAUGCAGACUCUCUCUGUGUGUGUGUGUGUCUGUGUGUGUUUGUGUGUGUGUGCGUGCGUGCAUGCAUGUGUGUGUGCAUGCACUCUGGAAACUCUUGGCAUCAGUCGGUUGAAUGUGGACUAUUAAAGGGUGCUACGUGAAAGGAGUGAGCUUAUCGAGACCUCAUUUGGCUUUCUUGUACUUGGAACAGACUUCCAGUGUGUAUGUUCAAUAAAGGUGAAAAUGCUUUCAUGUUUGCAA